UCAUCGUCUGAUUUAGUCCAAUCAAACGAGAGCGUAACGCUGUGUCUCAUUUAAAAAGUUGCGGUGAAAGUCUGGGAUUGUUUAGUGGCGUGCGGUUUGAUCAGCCCGGGAACUAACCGAAGGACCCUUGCAGAUCAGAGAUCGUUAAGAACUGCUGAUGCUGGAGUCAUAAGUGUGGAGCUGGAAGAACACAGCAGGCCAGGCAGCAUUAGGGACCCUUCUUGGGUCCCGACCCGAGACGUCAACUUUCCUGGACAACAAGUGAUCUGUACCUGAUUAUGGCAGUGAGAAUAUUUGUCGAGAAGGAAAAUGAGUUACUUUGUAACCAUACAAAGAACCACCCAAAGUUACUUUCUGGUUCAGCUACAAUUGAAACAUCUCUACUGCAGACUCCACGAACUGGAAAGGUGUUAACUACAACUCACUUUCAACCAUCUGCAAGAAAAGCUCUAGGGGAUGUGAACUGUCCUUUGCGAGCAGGCAGUAUACCUGGUCAUUCGCUGAAAAAGAAACCAGAUAGAAUCCACAAGAAGAAAAACAAUGCUCAGAUCAUAAAAGCUGCUAAGCCCUCUGAAAACUCUUCCAAUUCAGAACCACCAAAGUGCUCUGAAAAGUCUGAAGACUACCCUGAAAUGGAAACUUUUAUUCCAUACAAUCCCCUUGAUUUUGAGAACUUUAAUGUGCCAAAGGAACAUAAACUUGAUCACACUUGCCUGGCUGGUCUACCACUCCUCUUUCUUGAGAAAGAAGAAGCACUAAUAGAAAAGGUGCUGAAUAAAAUCCCUUCACCUCCAAAAUGGCCUUCACUUGUACAAGAAUCCAGUUUAUUUGACUUUGAUGUGCAUGCUGACAUUUUGGCAGACUUGGAUGAAGUUGAAUUGCCGACAAUUGAAGAUGACUUCUUGUGAAGAUCUAUGAAUUGAAAUUUCAUCUUGCCUUUGGUAUCAAAUGUAAGCUGAAGUUUAUCUGGAUGAUAUUGCAAAUGUUAGGGUUUUGAAUGCAUGGUUUGUGUAGGAAAACUCCUCACCUUGAACUUUUUUAAACUUCAAUUAAUGUAACCUAGCCAGUCUUUAAACACUUGCACAUAUGUCUUUUGUAGUGAUAUAGCAUUGAUGAUUUUGCUGUUAAUAAACUGGAAGAACUACAAUAAAAUGAACUGAAUUUUGA